AUGUCAGAGACAGCGGAAGCAGCGACCGAUCCUACUUCGGCUUCGAGUUUCCCACCAAGUUCACUGCCAUGGGGGCAGAUUCCAAAGUUCGACCCUGCUCAUACUGAUCUUCGAGUUUACAGUCAAAAGAUGCAGACAGACACCGAGGAUCGAUACGAUCUGUUUGAGAGGGCAUUGUACAUGGUGGCCCAGAAGCAAGAUGAAACAAAUGAUUCCUACCUUGCUCGCCAUGACAUUGCCUUCGAGGACCUCUUGGCGAAGUCGAUCUCAAUCAAUGAUGUGAGGGCCUAUGUGCUGAUCAGACAGUCUGCACUGAGCUCGGAGGAUCGGAAAAAGAUCAUCAUGGACAAUGGAGGCCAGUUGACAUAUGACUCAGCUCGGAAGAGCCUUCGUCUCCUUGGGUCACGGUUCUUUCAGGACUUGCAGGGCAAUCGCAAUGCUCAGGGGAAGAAGACCCAUGAUGCUUAUGCUGCCGAAGAUGAGGAACACGUGCACUUCUCUGCUCCCGAUGGAGAGGCCAUGGACAUCGACGAGGAGGGGAUCUUUCAGCUGAUGGCCGAACAAGGGGAUGAGGACGCCGUUUUCAUGGGCGAUUUCGAAGAUCAAGUGGUGGAAGCAGUUCAGGACAGUCCAGAACUAGCAGCCAUCUUCGUAUCAUACCAAGAGGCACGAGCAAGAGUCCGUGAACGAGCUCGAGCCAGGGGCUUCUGGCCGGUGAAAGGCCGUGGAAAGAAGGGGUCCAAGAAGGGCAAGGGCACUGGUGGUGGAGUCAACACCUUCUCCUUUGCCGGCAAGAGAAGGUCGUUGGCUGACAGGAUAGCAAAUUCAACGUGCAGGAUUUGCGGCCAACCUGGCCACUGGAAGCGAGAGUGCCCUCAGAGAGUCGAAGGUCGCAAGCCCGAGACGAUCAACAUGAUGGUCGAGCAGGAGCACAUGGAAGAGUCGAACAUGGUCGAGGUCGUCGAUCAUCUCCCCGAGAAUGCGACGUCUUGGCAGGAGAAUGGGGUUCAAAAAGGACAUGGGAAACAAACAAGUCAUGGUAGGGUGUUUGAUUGUUUUGGUUGUUUUCGGGAGUGUGACAUGGGCACCAAGGGUUUUUCUGGAUUGCUCCAAAACAAACUCAUGUCCUGUUGUGGGAAGCAUGGAAUACAUGUGGUGGCCCCUUGCACUAGUGAGUCUCAGCGAUGCGAUGAGUCGUUCAAUUCAUGGCACACCGAUGUCACUGGUGAGCCGGAUCCGCCCGACGGUGAAAAAGUCACCGAAGUUUUCCAAAUUGAAGAGGAGUGCCAUGAGGCCAUUUUGGACACUGGAGCCAGCCGUGCUGUCAUCGGGUCUCAGCGCCUGGAUGGUUUGAUCAAGUCUUGUGGUAUUGAAGGGGAAAUCAAAAGGGAAAAGAAAAUUUGGGCACUAGCCAUGAGUCACAGCCAGGGUUACCUCGACGAGGCCUUGACGGUCGAGGUAGAUCCGAACCUAAGGGGAAGUCACCAGUUCCCAGAGUCAGUUCCGGCGACGCUCACGCGACCGCCGGACAUCACCUCACUACGCCAGUGGGGUCAGUUGAAGAUCCCAUCCGGAAAGCAUGCAGGGAAGACAUUUUCGGAGGCCCAUCAAGAUUUGGGUUACCGUCACCAGGUGUGGAAUCGUCGUGCAGUCGCAAGCUGGCUGCGCAGUUUUCAGAUGUACCGCAGAAUGGUUCAACACAUGAUGCCCGACGAGACUGCCAUGUCGUCCACGCAGGUGAUCACCGAGCCCAUGAUGAAUCAGGCUCCCCAACCAAAAAAGGCGGCCAAGCCCAUCGCCAAGGUCAAGGAGACCAUGAACAAAACCCAUCCACCGACGACGAUGGUCGAGUGGGUCGAAGUCGAGAAAUCCAAUCAGGUGGCACCCAGUCAGGGCCGAGUGAACAAGCGGGGAAGCAACACAGCUUCAUCGACCCGUAUGAGCACCGAGGCCGACCCAGAGAAGAUUCAGAAGCUGCGGACCCAGAUUGCCAUUCUCGAAAGAGAGCUGGCAAACGAGCUCCAGAUCCCCGACGACAGCAGCGACGAGAAGACACAGAAAUGA